AUCAACAGUUCGAAGAAGCUGUUCAAAUUCUACGCUGAUUUAAAGCUAGGAUGAAUCCACUUCUGUAAAAGUAAGUUAUGAGCUUGCAGAAGAGUUUAUACAAUCCUUUAGAAAGUUUACCCUACAACAGGGCUAUUCCCUGCAAGCGCAGGGCUGCAGCAACGCGUGGUAGUAAUUGUUGCGCCACGAUCAUGAUUGAAGAUUGUUUUGAUCGCGAUGCCAGGAAAUCAACAUGCAAGUUUACGUUUGUUACCCACAAAAACAGAAACAAUCCUCUCUGUAAUGUAGAUAACGGUGUAAAUAGUAAAUGAGUGUUACGAUAACUAAAUAACGACUCCAAUAUUUCCUUGAUCAUGUUGUUUGCGGCCAUCGUACACACAAUCUCGUGUGCCCUUGAUCAUGCCGAUUUCGGAUCCAUGUUAUCCGUACAUACAAGUACUUGCUUUCAUGCAGUUUAAUAGGCUUAUUAAACUUAAGUUUAUAUAGAGGCUGUCUAAUACAGUCUUGAAUGAAGGUUUUCUCAAAUCGUGUCAUUUUACCGUACACUCAAAAAUCUAGUCAAACUUCGAUCUACUCUUGACUUGAUCCGUGACUUUUAUAACAUUUAAUAGACGAAAAUUCUUGAUAUCCAGGGGGAUCAGUUGUUAAGAAGUUCAGAAUAUAUAAUAACAUUAUUUCUGUGUGUUUUCCCCUUUUUUUCUCUCUCUAACCAAUAAUUUUUCUCUUUACCUUUUCCUUUUCAUUUUGAUUUUGUGAAGAAAUGACGUGUGUCAACAGACAACCAGCAGGCCAAUUGUCAUCUUUUUUUGCUGGCAAAAACGAUGUGGCAACUUCAUCAGAAGAUCAAGAAUAUUUAAGGUGACUACGUAAUAAACAGCAGAAUAAACCUUGGUCAAAAGCAUUUUAACAUGAAUAUAAUUUUCGAAAAUGAAGAAAUGAUGGUCGCAGUGAACGCAAUUUUUGCAAUUGCUUAAAGAAGCCUGAAAAAAAUUCAGGACUUCAACGGGGUUUGAACCCGUGACCUCGCGAUUACCGAUACGAUGCUCUACCAACUGAGCUGUGAAGCCACUGACGUUGGGAGCAGGUCAAUAUUGUGGGUUCAUAUGUUCCCGGGGAAUCAAAUUUUUUUCAGGCUUCUUUACGCAAUUGCAUAAAUUGCGUUCACUGCGACGAUCACUUCUUCAUUUUCAUUUCAUUUCAGCAGUUCAUUUAUGAUUUAUCUCAUAUAUCAUUAACUAUGUAAUUUUCACCUUCAACAUUUAAUGUCCUAAGUUUAUAAAACAAUCAAAAAGUGGAGACUGGUGGUUUUGAUACGAGCUCAGGUGACAAAAUGUCACACAAAUUUUGAUCAUUUCAACUAUAGUUUGCUCAUGAACAAGAAAAACAUUUUGGGUGAAUAUUCUUUGUUCUUUAAGCUAAGUACGUGGCACCAUUUACUACUCAAUUGAACAAACUUGUAUUGAAACAACUUAGUGGUUGCUUACUGGAGGUGGUUGCUUACAAGAAUCAUACCACAAGGACAGGGUCUCUUCUGAGAAGAGGUUUGGGCACAUCCUGACUUGGUGGAAGAUAAUCUAUUGCACACAAUUCCUAUGUUAUGCCAUGUGAAGUUCCAUGUUUUUACUAAAGUUCUUCACAUAUUCUAUUAGCAUAGUGCAGAGUGAACAUACAUGUAGAGAUCAGUGAAGGCAUCAAGUGGUCACUAACAAGAGGUUAAGAACACCGGAAAAUCAUUAAACUCCCAGGCCUCAAAAGUGGUCGCGGUUGCUUACAGGAAAUGGUCAUUUACUAGAGGUUUCAAAUUUAAGGCUUUGUCUGGGAAAUGUUUGGUGCGUUUGAUGGGUGGUCGCUUAUUAAGAGGUGGUCGCAGAUGGAGGUGUGACUGUAUUUAAAAGGGAAGGAUAAAGGGGGUCAAUGCAGGUGCAAGUCUACCCUGUUAGCAGAGCCUUUCUUUUACUUGCUCGAUUUUUGCAUACUCCAGAAAGACUCGCGCGGAAUGGAGUAAGAUCUUUGUGGAGUAUGCAUGACAUGUUACUAAUAUAAUAGUUUCAAACUCAGGCCUAUCGCUUUAUCAAUAAACAGAUACUCACACUACAAAAACAGUUUGAUGAGAGAAAACAAGAUUGAUUGGUCCAGAAGUUUGGGUUGUGUCGGCCUCAAAGAUAAUUCAGGCCGAGCCUCCUUUUUCUCCUCCUUGAUUAAGAAAAAAAUCCACUUUUCAGCAUAAAACAACCGAAUCUGUCUAUUUCAUGUAAAAUCAGGUGAAAAAGUUGGUAAAAGGCCAUUUUUAGGUUUUCUGAUUAACCCAUUCGCCCCUGAACCGCCCGUAACCACCCGUGCUGAUCCAGGUCCUUUCUACCCAUUGUGACGUCAUCAGUUUUAACAGUCAAGGACAACUUUCUUCGCUAACUUGUGCAGAGUGAAGAGAUCUUUCAAACCAUACCAGAAUGAGCACAAUUCAGUCAAGGACACUGGAGAAACAAGCAAAAAACCACGUGACAUUGACCUGAAAAUCUCCAUGAAAAUCUUGUUCCAUUACCCACCUACCUUUCCUUUCACCUAAUCCUAAGAUCCUAAAAGCUUUCCUAAAAACUCUUCCCACCAAAAGGAAGCCUACUAAAUGCAGAGCAAGAGAAAAAAAAAUGAGGCAAGAAAAGCGAAAAAAGAAGGGAGGAGAGAAAGCGAAAAGUAAAAUCUCGAAAUUUUGCUUUGUGCGCAUGCCCGAACUUCGCAAGCUCAUAUUAAUUUUUUGCAUUUGGAUCAGAAGGCCGCAAAGUGUUCGACCUGUAAACCAGUGGGUGGUAAGUUUUAUCUCUUAAUAGCACGACAGUGACCAGAAAACCACUCGACUAGCUUCAAAAUGUGUUUUUCGGCAAAAUCUCUAGGAGCGAAUGGGUUAAGAAGAAGACAAAAAAAGGCUAUGUUGGCAGGGUGGUGCAAGUCAAAAACAUGAAGAACUUGCAAGGUCACGUUCUAGCCCAAUCUUACCCCUGCCAUGUUUCAAAAAACAACAAGAAUUAAUUGAAUAUUUUGUUUUUUCAGAAUGCAAAGAAAUGGCAUCACUGUAGAACCCCUGAAUUUUCCAGUAACUCCAUCAGUACUUUGGUAAAUAUUACUGAUAAUGAACCAUAAAGAUGCAUUUAACGUAAUAUCUAAUCUUUGUCAGAGCUUGUUGUCAUUGCUGUAAGAAUUGAAAAAAUAAUGCAAGAAAGAUGUAACAGGGCUUGAAAUAAGUCUCGUCCGGUAGUUUGGGAUGGACAAGUUGCUUGAUAGCCUUAGUGACUAUCUAUAAUAGAUGAAGAGGAAACAGUUUGAGAAUCAGUAAAGCAUGUGACUUGUAUUAAAUAAAUCCUUAUUAUUGAUUUUUAUCAGGAACAGAACUGCCCAAGGGGAGUCUGAAACACUCCAUUUGACAGCAAAGAGGUAAGUGCCACAUUAUUAUUGAUAGUCAGGUCUCAGGCAGUUUGUGUACCUCUGUCAGUUUACAGUUUACUUUUUAAUCUAAAAGACAACUUGCCCAGGCCUGAUUGCUCAGCCAGUAAGCGAGUGUAACAGAUGAAUAAGUACAAAAGUUACUUAUACAGAUCACCACUAACACUUCAUCAAAUUCAUUGGACUGUUAAGGUUGGUUUUCACUAGCCGUAUUCAGAAGCAUAGAGCUUAUGGUUUAGUGAAAACAGCGUUUCCAUUCCGCUUAUGACUCCGUCGCUUACAGUCCACUUAUGAUGUAGUGACAACCAGAUGGUCGUAGUCGGAAGCAGAAGGGCAAGAAUUAAACCAAUCACAAAGCCUGGCAAUGUGCAUUGUGAUUGGUUUAUCCUUCUGCUUCUGCUUCUGACUCCAACAAGCUGGUUUUCUCUAGAUCAUAAAUGGAAUGUAAGUGACGGAGUCGUAAGCAGAGUUGGAAGAAAUAGAAAUGUUCUGAUUCUUUUGACUCCGAUUCUGUCGCGCUUAUGACUUUGCUUAUGACUCCGACUUCUGAUUUUCACUUGGUCAUAACCCUUUUAUAAUUCAGCUUACAACUCCAACUACGACUCCAAUGUUCGUGAAAACCAGCCUUUACUAUCACAUAUAUGCUUUGUCACUUGCAUUGUAUUGCUAGUUAACUUUUUAUUAAUUUUACUUCUGGCAAUUUUUCUAGGAAUGUGAGAGUAUAUAUCAAUGAAAAAACUCUACGGCUGGCCCAAAGGCACGUCAGUCAAACCAAGUCUUCCUUUGAGUGCUUUUUCGUUGGAAGCAUCUCUGUUGACUCAGGUAAGUAGUAACUAAAGAAAGUUUCUCAUACACUCAAUACUGAACCCUUGAUUCCAGAAUUGCUGAACUGGGAUAGUGUUGAGUGCAUUUUUGCUGUUCUUGUUUCAAGUGACUGUCCUAUUUCUUUAGAAAGCAACUUUUAAAACUAUGUUAUAUACACUUCAAGGCAUCUGGGUAGAAGGUUUGUAAAGGUCCAUUAUUUUUAUACACACCUACUGUCAUCAUUACUCAUACCCAGACCUAGAAUAAAAAAUUAAAAUGUGAAUCCGAUGGGUAAGCAUUUCUCACUGUAAUGACAUUUUGCUUGCCUGGGCCCACUUCUUGCUCCUCUUUACAACAAUUCGUCUGCCCAUUGGACAAGUGAGCUUUAAAAGUUACUUGCUCAGCACGAAAAAUCCAUUGAUAUGAUGGCUACAUGACUGUAUGAAUUUAUAAAUGUUGUGUUUAAAAGGCAAAUCAUUGCUCUUCAGGAGAAGACCGUGUUGAUGUUACAGUUGACAGAUUUGAUCCAGGAAGGGAAGUGCUGGUAAACAGUGGUAAGGGUUUUUGUUGUUGUUAUUUUGUUCAGUAUGAACUUACUAUUAAAAUUUAUGAUAACAGUUUAAGGUAUAUUGUAACUUUCAUACACUGUGUCGCUUAACAACAUGGAAAUAAUAUGUAUGGGUACAUGAAACAGUUUGUCAGCGCAACACUGAUUUUCUGUAAUAAUAUUAAUGGUUAUUUUGAAAUGUUUUUACUUACUGAAGGUUUUGUUUAAUCUGUGAUAGCACCAGGGCUAUUCAUAUACAGUGUACAUGUAUGUGAUAUGCCUUAAAAACUUCUCUUUGAAAUCAUUCUAGCUUCAGGAAAAGUCAAGAGAAAAGUCCCAACAACAGUUGUCCCAGGAGAUCAUAUUGUACCCAUAUCUGUAAGUUAUAAUUUUAUUUGUUAUUUUUGAAACUAAAUCACCACAUUUCUAUUUCAUGACAAACUUGAGUCACUAGUAGAAUUUUAACUGUACUUUCUUUCUGUACUUACUCUCAACUGUACUUGAAGAAAUAAUAUAUUAAUUAACCCUUUAAACCCUAAUCUUGAGUGAUCAGCAUCAAAUUUCUCCUCAUAAUAGCAAUGCUUUGUAAAACAGAGUGGUCAUGAGAAUUAAGGACAUGAUCACACAAGAUGUAUUUGCUUAAUAUUUUAUCAACUUCUCCCCACGGCACUAAUUGUAUAGUAAAUGAAUAGGGGCAACAAAGGAGAGUUUAACAUGUAAUUUUGAUCUUAAGGUUUAAAGGGUUAACCCUGUUGCCCAUGUUGUUGCUUUAUAGUUCAUUCAAGGGCUAAGUGGAGCAGACAAUGCGGUGACGCACACAGAAGAUGAAUUUUGCAAGGCCUUUCAGGUUCUUUUCGGAAGAAUAAGUAGCCAGGAACCUGUCAACUUAUCACAUCUUGUGAGCCUGAAAGUGUCUUGUCAUUCGCAUGAAAAUGAUGAUGAGAUCAUAAUCAAUGUGAACUGUAAGUACCUCAUUUUUUGUCACUAAAUAUGAAUUUAAUCUCUGGCAGCACCAGUAACUGCUGACAACUACUGUCUGUAGUGAUCACUGAAGCACUGGCUACUCAACGAAACAAAUAAUAAUUAAUAAAUCUGUUGCAUGAUAAUGGUUGUUUCUCAACAACAACAACAACCAAAAAAAUAUAUAUUAGAGUAGAGCUAACAUGUAUUAAAAAAUCUGCAAGUCUGGUAGGAAGAAAUUCCCUAUUCUACACCAACACCCUGGAGCACCUUUUCUUGUUGCCUAAUUGAAUUUUUUAUUCUUCUUCCUAAUAAAUUUUUUGGAGAGGACAAUUCCUGUGUACCUGGCUCGCUGUCCUCCCCUGUACCCUGUUUGCUUUAAGACUUGCACAGUCUUAAAAAGAAAAUUGUUUUCCAGCUUGUGUUAACAAUAUGUCUGCCUAUCUUUUUGAUAAAAUUUUAAGGUGGCACCAUCACUAUGGCAACACAAAUUCAAGUCAUUCCUGUAGCACCUGUUCCCAUCAUUCCCACAGCGCUUGCCAGGAAUCUAUCAGGUCCCUUGAGACUAAGUGAGGUGCAGGGAAUGCCGAAAAAUGGGUGAGUAUAACUGUGAGUCCCUUGUUUUAUGUUCCACUUUUAUGUCAUUUUUACAUGCAAUUUUUUUUAAUGGUUAAGUGUUUUUCAACUUAACUACUGUCUCUGGAUUAUAUUGUAGAUACUUAACAAUGGAUCACACUCGGAAGUUGCUGUUGCUGUUAGAAUCAGAUCCGAAGGCUUUCUCUUUGCCUCUUCUUGGAAUGUACGUAACACCCUGCCACAGUUUGUAAUUUAUACUUUUUUGCUGUACCAUCGUAAAGUUUCAAUUUGAUGAAGUCUGCUACCACCACUACCAACUACUACAGCCACCACCACCACCACCGCCGCCGCUGCCACUGCUGCCGCCGCUGCCGCGACCACCACCACAGCUACUACUACUACUGCUACUAAUAAUAGUAUUAAUAACAACAACAACAAUAUUAAUAUUAAUUUUGGGAAUUGGAGUGGAGAGAAGGGGGGUUCACGAGACAAAGGAUUUAUAUUGCACUUUCUACACUUUUAAUGGCGAUAAAAUGACAGACUGAAAAAAGUUUAUUCUGUUAACAAAAUGAUCAGCUUCAUGGUAAACUAAUUAAAAGCAAAGUUGCUCAACUUUUCUUGUAUGAUUGUGGUGACUGAUUUUCUCAAUUAAUGUGAGAGUAGGGAGUAACAAUUAUUUUACCCUUCACUUGAAAUGAAAAAGUGAAGUUGAAAGUGGCAAAAAGAUUAAAUAAGCAUAAUUAUUAUUCUAUGAGAUUUUUGGAUUGUUAUACAUUUCUGGGAAACAGCUGCCCACCUACCCCUCCCCUAAGCCAACAUUUUGCCCUAAGUGAGCAGUAAGGGAAAAAUGUUGGCUUAGGCGACGGGUAGGUGGACAGUUUCCUAGAAACAUAUAGUGAUUCAGAUUUUUUUGUCACAUACUUUCUCUUUUAGUUGGGUGAGUGGAACUUACAGCAUUCAUCACCCUUUCAUAUGGGCUUGCUGCCUGCGCUUCUUCUUUUCAACUGCCAUCCAGCAAAGGUAUGUACCAUACAUGUAUGGUUCAAGGAGUUUGAUUUGCUUUAUGGAAAAAACACUUAACAUGCUUAGACUUUGGAGAUGGCUGAUAUAAUUUAAGCAAAACAAAAGGAGUCUUUUAUUCAUAGUACAGGCUCCAGGGUACAAAGAAAGUCAGUUUUACAGCCUGCCAUUCGGGCAAGCUGUAGCUAGCAUGUGCUAGCCCACAAGUCAUUUCAACUAGCCCCAAAACACUUUUUGAUUAGUAGGAUUGAUUACAAUCCUUCUGUAAUUUAAAGUUUCCCCCAAAACAGCACUUGCCCGUCGAGCAAGUUAAGAACGAAAAUCACUAGCCCAAUAGCAAAAUCCACUAGCCCCAGGCUACCAGACACGACUUUCUUUUUACGCUGAGGCUCUUACCAAACAAAGAAAAAUGUGUUAGUUAUUACAUAAACUUAAGGCAAGUUACAUGCAAGAGCAGUUUGAAAUCCCUUUUAACAUGAUCAGUUUAAGAUCAUGGAAAACUCUUUGAUGUGCUCCUAUCCCUCCCCCCUAAUUUAAUUUAAACACCAAAUUCUCUCUUGGGGCUUUGGGAGGGUGGUGUACAUGUCAGCAGUUUGCCAGAGUCUUAAUAAGCUUUCUUACAAAUUACAUUCUGUAAAGUCUAUUUUUUAACAUAGUUUUGCUUUCUCCCUGACCUUCCUGCAUAGGUUAAUGAUAAAUGCUGCUCUGCUUUUUUCUUUUACAGAGUGUUUGCUCCUCCAAAUUCAUUUUUGCUUCUCCUGUAUUCUCCUGUAAAGCCAACACCUGAAUUCUGGGAGUGCUGCAUUGACUUGGUAACUAUCAUUGGGGAUAUUCCAUUUACCUCACAGAAUAGACAUCUCUCAUUUCAACCACACUAUAAUAUUUUUUGUGAAGAAAAUUGUGCUGAAAAAGCUUCAUCACCACCGUGACUUUCAAGACAAUUUGGGUAACUAAUAAAUUUCAUGUAGCAUGUCUUCACAUGCAGGGCUGGUUAAAAACUUGAAUUCCAGUUUGUCCUUCAGGAAAGCGAAUCUCACAUUUCACUUGCCCAGGGCCUCUUCUGGCUCAUCUUGUUAGCAAUAUAGUUAGAGGGUGACUCGCCUGCACACUUGCUCAUUGGGCAAGCGAGCAGGGCUCGUUAAAAACUUGAAUUCCAGUUUGUCCUUCAGGAAAGCGAAUCUCACAUUUCGCUUGCCCAGGGUCACUUCUGGCUCAUCUUGUUAGCAAUAAUUAUAGUUAGAGGAUGACUCGCCUGCACACUUGCCCAUUGGGCAAGCAAGCUUUAAAAGUUACUUGCUCAGCAAUAAAAUCUACCAGUUCUGGACUACUAGACAGGACUUUUCUGAGCCCUGUAUAUGUAUCUGUAUUUGCAAUCCUCAAGUCACACCACCCUUAGAACAAUAAUAAAAAAGUUAGAGGUUGAUGAUUCAGUUUCCUUGAAUGACAGUAUUGUCCUCUGUUACAGGGGCAACCUGGACAGAAAAUGUUUGAGUUCUACAGCUGUUAUGAAAACCUGCACUUGGAAAUUGUAAGUAAUAAUACCAAAAUAUUCAUAGUGAAAAGUUGUAUAAUGAUGAUGACAGUGAUAAUUUGUACUGGUUGAGGUCAAUGUAGAGCUUGUUUCUCAGUUGUUUCUUUUUAAUUUUGCAGGCAACAUUGUACCAAUCAUUAUUAAGAGAGCCCAAAAGGAAUAUUAAUUUACAGUUAAAAAACAACCACAGCUUAUAGACCGAGACUUGGAGGAAAAAAAAGCACUAAAACUGUUUAAUUUUAUCAUUGAUAAAGCUCAUUUGAAAUUUGCAGUAAAUAUAAAAUUGUGACUUUUGGAAUAAGACUAGUUGAAGUAUGAUCUGCUUGACUUUGAUAUUGUAGCCACCUGGUCCCAGUUCUUCUGAUCCACUUUGCUUUGAGCUGUUCCCUGCUCCUGAGGGAAUGGGAAGGAGUCUUUUUGAGCAAGCCAUGGAGACGUGGGAAACAGACAACAAACCACUAAGGUAACCUACCAUCAGCUCCCUCUUUAAUUGGUGUUGGAUUUCCUUUGUACAGUGUUUUAACAGAAAGGGUAAUAGGCGUGGCCUCUUGAUUCAACUUCAUAGAUGGCCUGGAGCCUGGAGAGUAUACAAACAGUAUACAUGUACAGUAAUUUCUAAUUUUCACCUUUCAUGAAAAUUAAAAACCCUUAAUGCUGUAUCAUGCAAACCCCCCUUUCACCCCUUCAAGGAAAUAAUAAAUCUUUUGUUCAUCUCAUGUGUCAUUGCUCUCUAGAGCUUGUUAUCAAGUUGAAUUUAUAUUUUUAUAUAAACAAUCAACUCACUGAUUACAGACAUCCUCAGGACUGCAACUUACAUGUGUAGUAACCUUAAUAGCGAGAGUCUGUUUUAGUGGGAUUUAACUUCAGUUGAACAUCUGUAAUUUAUAUUUGCUGAGGUUUUAGAUGCUUUCCAUAUUACAUGUAUUGCAGUGUCUGUAAUAGCAACAUGUCUGCUAGGCAAAAGUUGAUUGUACUUAUUAAAAGGAGCCUAAUAUUGGAAUUAUUAAUAUUAAGCUUCAGUCACUGUGAUAUCUGUAAGUAGUCAGACUCUAACUUCUUCUGAGGAAAAAAGUGUAACUGACAGGAAAAGAAAAUGUAUUUCCGUUCUUGUCUUAUCUCAGAUUACAUCAAGGUGGAAUUUCCUCAUCUCAAAAGAAAGUAAUGACUUCAUCAGCACAGGGUCCGGGUGAAGGGGAACCAAGUCCCGAACCUAGGCCCUCUCCAUCUCCCCAUCCACAAAACUUACAGGUAAGGCUAGGGAUUGAAAAGACUUUGUGGCAGAAGCAUUAUUAAGCUAAUGACCAAACCCUGAUCAAUAACCCAUAUAUCCUGGUUUUGCAGUGUGCUUAGGGAGGUUACAACACGACUAUGGCGACAUCUACGACAAUGUCGUAGGAAAAUAGACUUCACAUCCAUUCAAACUUUUUGGCAAUUAUCCCAAUUCGCCUAGUUACUUAAAGAAGGGAGUUUAUAUUGGAGGUGAAGAGAGGGAACCACACCCAAGUUCAAACAGAGAUAGUAAAAUUUAUUGCCUCUGUUCCCGUUCUCAAGUAAACUUAAAAUUUGGCCAUUUCACGUCCCGUUUGUGAACAGAUCAGCAAAGAAAUUCACAAAAGGGCGUAAUGAGCUGCAGAGUUACUGUUUUGCUCAUUAAACCUAUUGCUGUUUUGACACUCAUGUUGCCAUCACCGUCGUAGUUUCAUAUGGUCCGUUAUCUCACACUGGACACAACAAGCAUCAGGAUUGAAUUAUUAAUUCACGAUUUCUUCCAUGUUCACAGUUUGUCAUACCAGAUGUACCAGAAACUUCUCUUUCCCUCAGUUUUGAAGAACACAUUCCAGGAGAGUUUUCAGCGCAGGGAUAUGUAAAUCAACAGAUUUUUCCACAGCCAAAUCCAAAGAAACUACAAACAAAGCCUGAUAAACAGUCUCUGAAACGAGUGCAACAUAAUCAAGAAAAUAAUUUAGUGAGAAAUCAAGGGAAAAGGUCACCAGGUUUUCCAAAGGAAAAGCAAAACGGAAAGCAGUUUAGGACUGAUGGUGGUUGGCAGGAUUCACCAUCGAGGGAACCCUUGAAACAAAUUUUAGCUCCUAAUCAUGCUAAUAGCAAAGUUAUGGACCAACAACAGGUAUCCAAGAGGCCCCUUCCCAUGCAAGGUUCUUCUGGUGUUCAGAAAGCUCCUUUAAAAAGAGGGAAUGCUCCUGGUCGUGAUGUAAAAGGGAGAUCACCAAAAUCUUUCACAAGUGACAGUAAUUCCAGAUCGAAAGUGAAUGGGAAACAGCUAUCAGCAAAGGGACCCAAUGCGUUGUAUUGCAAUGAUGAUAGGAACUACCAGCAAAUAAAUGGACAUAAAUUUCAGAUAAUGCAAAGUAAUCCUCAGAGUCACGAAGGUAGAGAUGAUAAAGUAAUUUCCGACUUUCCAAAUGAACAAGUGGUUUCUGCAAACCAGCCGGGAGGCAAAACUAGGCAAAGACAUGUUGAUCAGCAGCGAUUUGUUGGACAUUCAGAUGGCCAGGAGUUACAUCAUAACAGCUGCCCUCUACCAGUCAACCAAGUGCAAAGACCUGUGUUGGAAACAGUCUUUGAAGGUGAUACACCAGAUGGAACAUUGAACAAAAGUAUGAAUGAAACAGAAUUAGAAUUUCAGCUUUGUGAAACUAUGCAAGCUCAAGAAGCUUUGCAACAAGCUCAGAGGGUCGCAAGUGAUGUAGGCAGAGAUCCUGACAAAAAUGGAAGCUCUGGUUUAAUUUUCGAUCAAGAUGGAAAACAAAAUGUUGUUUUUCAGUGUAUGGAGCAACAAAGAAAAGAGGGAUCUGUUUCUAGGCGAGGGAAUCUUGAAAACAUGGAGGAUAGGAUAAACCAGCCUAUAAUCUGUAGACAAGACAGUCAUGAGGAGAUGCCGGGCUGCAGUACUGUUUCUGCCUCUGACAGGAGAGUGGAUCAGGCCCAUAGUGAAGCAACACAGGAAUUUAAAGUUACGGAUAGACACACUUUUGACCGAGACCAUGAGGAAAAACUGCCAGAAAACAAGGAGACAGCAGAUGAUGUGACAAGACUGGCAAACCAGAAGUGUUCAGCAGAAAUGACACGGCCAGAUCCUUAUGAGCUUCUCAUGAGACAGGAUGUGCAAUUGAGGCAACUGCAAGAGCAGGUAAUGUUUGUAGUAAGUGAAUCGCUGCCGGAUGAAUUUGAAUGACCUUAAUGUUCAUAUACACAGAUGUACAUAAAGUGCAAAUUUGAAACUGGUAAGGCCAUUUUACACCUUGGGUGAUGAUGAUGAUGUUGAUGAUGAUUAUGAUUCAUGUGGUCAUUUGAAGUUAUUGUUAGCUAAGUUGCAUGCAUGCGAAACAUCAAGGUAUCUAAAUGUUCACAGUAUGGGCUUCCAAUGUCUCAGCUUUUGGCCUGAUGGGCUCCUUCAUAUUCUUUGUAGAAAAGAGCCUUUGACCUUCUCAACAUUCCCUUUACAUUGCAGAUCAAGUUGUUACUACAACAGCAAAAUGCAGAACUCCCCCAUGUCAACCCCUUGCUGACCCCGCCAAGAACUCCUCACACUGAAUGUUCCCAUGGUAACAGUAAGCCCACAGAUAACUCCCCUGUUUCCAUGGUGACAGUAUGCACAAACACAGGUGCAAGUCUGUUGCUGGGAACUCCAGUCAAGCCAAACGGAAAGAGAUCAGCUGCAACGUCACCCAUGAAAGAAAAGGACAUGAAUAACAGCAGGUUUGCACGCAGAUUUCUCAUUCAAUGAUCGGGAAGGCUGUACUUGUCGUUCUUUUAAAUGUAAAUGUAACUUGUAUGUUUAAAAAACAUUUAGCUUGUAAUGUUUCAUUAUGUACCUUCGUCACCACCACUGGUUUUCGCCCGAAAUGAUGUCUGUGCAACGAUUCCAUUCUGAUGACGUGCCACUACCUACAAUCAUGGAAAAAAGUCUUGGGACACUUUUGCAUUUCUUAGGUAUUUUCCAAUCCACACAGGCCCAACCCCUUCUCUCAUCCCACAAACAAAGUUGGACGCGUGUAUCCAGAAUUACUUUUCGAGUUUCAACUUUGUAUAGGGUGGGGGAGAGGGGCGGAGGGAGAACUGCGAAAAAAUUUCAAAAAGGAUGCACUGUUUUAUUAGGGAACCCAGAAAUGACAGAAAAAUAUGAAUAUUUCAUUACUGUCUCAAGGACUUGUGUCCAUGAUUGUAAUCUGCAUAAUGCUUCUGAUUGGUUCAAGCAAAUUUUCCUUGCAGCACGCCUGAUCAGAAGUGCUACCCUAAAAGUACUAUUCAUAUUUGGGUAGUGGCACGUCCUCAGUAUGAAAUUUCUGCGCUCGUUACUCAGAUUUCAUUACGAAGAUUUCAUUACAGCGGUGGCUUCGUAAAAAGUGGUCACACUAAUCUGGAAAGUGUUGUACUUCCCUCUAAGAAAAACCAGUCUUUCACACUCACAAGAAUGAGUUCCCGCAAAAUACAAACAAUCCUCAAUCCGCAAAAUUUAGCUUCGUGUCAGGCAGUUAUUUUUUAGAAAAUUUGUUUGCCUUGCAUUGGAAGAAAAAUUUAUCCAAGAAAUGUUCAAAUGCUUGAACGUUUUGGAAACGCGAGAAAAAUUCAUCCAAAAGCCCAAAAGAGUACAUGACGUUUGUUUUUUGUACCAGAUUAAUAUUUAACUGAUGAAAAACGAGUUGGGUUGACUGAAAUUUUUGAUCAUUAUUGCUAUGCGUAGAUUUUUUCCAUCGUCAAGUAAAGAAACAAGCCAAUACAGUCACAAAGAAUCCAAAUCUUAUGACGUAACCGUCAGUCCUGAGGAAUUAGCCAAUCAAGUGAUAGAACUUGAUGACCCUAGUCAGACGCUGGCUUCAUCCCUUCAUGCAGUUGAUAUUCCCAGUUUUGUUGAAAGCCCUUCUGGUGUGACCAGUCCCAGUUCCGCUGAUCGGGCUAAACAAGGACGUAUGGAAACGAGCUUAUCCAGUCCUGUGUUAGGUAAGCUGUUAUGAUAACAAAAAUUAAGAAGAACUGGCCGGAAUACUUGAGCAGAAAUCCAAAGGGGUUAAUUUUGUUGUCGUUGUUGUUUUUUGUAUAAUUUGUUUUUGCAACACUUUGAUGAGUAAAACUUAGUAUACAAGAAAGUGAAAGUAAACUGUAUGCUGUGAUUCGUUCUGCGUGGUGCAAUUGAAAAGAGAAAGGAUAAGUGACCCUUAUCUUUGUCUUGCUAUUCUCGAUCUCACCAAGGGUCGCAUGUCGCGCGAAUUUCCGCGCGGUCUCGCGUGUUUUGCCCAUGGUACUUAAGUCUCAAUAUUCUCGAUUUCACUGCGGGUGGGAUGUCGCGCGAAUUUCCGUGUGUUCGCGUGAUUUACCAGUAGUGCUCUUUCCUAAAAACCAAAGGUAUUUAUGGUUUUAACCUUUUGAGUGUCAUUCAUUUCUCAGGGGAAAGUGCUAGUCUUCUUGUGGAAAAAAGGCAAAAUGGAAGCGAGCCACACGACCCAGAUCACGACGCAAAUGAACAUGGAGUUAAGGAUGAAGAAAGCAGACGAUUGAAGUCAAACCAUGUUAGCCUGCUAGAGAGAAAUGAGCGUCAAUUUUAUGACAAUCUACUGGUGAGUAGAAAUGACAGUUGGCUGUUUAUCGACAAACCCCGCGCGUUUUUGGUAUCAGUUUUGCCAAUCUCUGCACAUUACUAUCUUGCAGCCCGUAAGAAGCAAAAUACACCAGUCAACAGUACCUAACCCUUUGGCUUUCCACCGAAAAGCUAGAGUUUAAGAGCCUACAUAGUUGAAGUUUGCUACAAGAAAAUGUGUAACAGCGUGGACGUUUGGAUGCCUCGAUUUGACUGAGUGCAUCCCCUAACCCGGCCCAACCUUCAUUGAAAUUCGAUUAUUCUGCCCCUUUCUAUAUUUUUUUGUAGACGCACGCUGUUCCUUACCAGCCUCCUCCUCAGGCGCUUCGUUUUUCGCAUGGCAGAGGCGAGCGCGAAACGAGUGACUGGUGAUGAACCGCAAGGGACCAUGGGAAGGGUACAGACGACAGGCGAAGCGCCUGCCAGAUCUCGCCCGUUGUCUCCUUCCCGCCUUGCUUUGCGCGCACAUUUUCAUCAAAAGAGAGACGUCUGGGUACGAGGCAGGUUCCUUACCCUGUGAUAGAGACAUUUAGAUUAGACAACAAGGACGACUACGACGCCGAGAUUAAAUGGAAAAGUUUCAUAGUACUUUUUUACCUGAAUUGUUAGCGCGGUUAUGUUUUAUUGAAGGAGGAUAAGCUCUUUCUCGAUCGCAAAGUGAGAAAAUCUUUGAGAACGAGAACUGAUUUUCGCCACUAGGACAUUAGAGGGCCUUAGAUUUGAGGACGAGGACGAGAAGAUUGCUUUUUUUUUCAUCAAUAAUGUUAGCUCGGUUAUUUAAACUGAAGGAUGUUAAGCCCUCUCCCGAUAGCAAAAUGAUAAAACUUCUUUCGUUUGAUAAGUUGUUUUCGCCAGUACGACAUUCUCGCUAAAACUAGUAGUGGAAUGACGAAGGCUAUCAUAUUUUUCCGCCUAAAUGAUGCUGGUUCACGCGCGAGCAAUACUUACUAUUGAGAAAAUCUCGUACUCGUAUAAGGGAACACAGAGUAGGCAGAGAGAAGUCACCAACAUCCAUUGAAGAAUGUUACCCAUGUUGGUAUGUCAUUUUCAGAAUCAAGUUAAGACCAUCCUUGAUCAACAAGCCGAAGAUGAAUCCCAUUCAGAGAAGGAAUCCGAGAAAUCUGUUGAGAAGGAACGAGUUACUGUGCACGAGCCAACACGCGAGGAAGUAGUCGCGGCAACGAUGAAAGAAUUACAGAAGAUCCAAACUUCUUAUGGUGAAACUGGAGAUAUGGACAACGCAGAAGCUUCAAAGUAAGGGAAAAUUUACUUAAAGUUUAGUAUGUUGAGGAGUUGUAGGGGAGGAUGUAGGGAGUGUCCACCCCGCCCCCCACGAGAUGACUUUUUGCGGCCUUCUGCAAAAUAUGCAGAUAUGUAUGAUAUGUAUUUUCAGCGGUUCACAUUAUGUUAUUGCCCGGUCAAAAGCCUUCUUCGUAUUCGCUUUUAAAAUUUGUUUACGUCCCCAGUCAGUUACGCCAUUCCUUAGUGGUGCACUCCUCGUAAGAAAAGUCCUGGAUCCGCCCCUGAGUUGCAUUAGUUCAUUUUGUAAUAGAUAGAGCGUUCUCGCCUGUCGUCACGUACUCCAUAUUAGGGACCUAACGAAACUACGACGGCAACAGCAACGGCAACGGGAACGUCGAAAACUCAGUAGGUUUAUUUAAGCAAAACAACAACUCUGCACGUGCAUCACGCUUUUUUGUACAUUUCUUAGCCGUCCGUGCACAGCUGCAACGUGAACUGACCAAAGUUUUAGUUGACUUGAGAACGGGAACGGCAAGGCGAUGAAUUUUAAUCUCUCUCUGACCUCGGACGCGGUCCCCUCUCUUCAGUUCCAACCUGACUUCCUUUCUUUCAGGUAACUGGGUGACUUGGUAAAAGGGAGAAAAAGUUUCAAAGGACGCGAAGUCUAUUUUUCAGCAACGUUUUCAUAGGCGUCGCCGUUGCCGGAUCGUAAGGUCCCUAUUUUGAAAGGAAUAAAUCCAAGAUUAGACAGCCACGAUUCGCGGUAUCCUAGCAACCACAAGACACGGACCGUUUUCCAAUCAAUUCCAAGUUGGUGUUGAUUAGUUUCGGCAGGUCCGAAUCUUAACCGACUGAGAAACUCUUGAGUUCUGAUUGGGUCCGAUAGUAUUUCUUUGUUACUUACCAACCUACAUUGGGAAAACUCGCAACGCGCCAGCACAGUAGCCUAAAGGCAAUCCACUCAACGUCCGAGUCAUCGGAAAGAUACUAACAAAUUAACUCCUAUCUUUUUUAUCUACAGGCUUCUUUACACUUCAACCACUAGACAAUGGCCGCUGCACAAAUCAGCGUCACUGAGUGCAAUACCAGACCAUCCCCACAUCAAUUAUGUGUCUUUCUCCGUUGACGAGACACUUGAUGAGGUCUUCAGUGAAACCUACCUAAAAUACCUCACUGACACUCAACUACAAGAGCUUCAACACGUGAGCAGCGACCACAAGAAGCACAGCCGUGACAGAGCAGUAACAUUUAGUGUUAUAGAAGAAGCCAGGAGUACUUCGCUAAGGAAAGGAUCGGUAGAGCUAAGUUCUCUGUCAGCCACGGAUUACACUUGGAAUAACUUGUCCAUGGCUACCAGAGAUUAUUUGGGGAAAUACUGUUUAGGUCCAACACAACCUGGCGAUAGUGUCGAAAGUCGUAAAGAGACUGCAGAAAAGAAAGUGCCAGAAGUGAGUAAUAGGAGUGAAAGAUCCCAUUCCUCUGUGACGUCACAGAGGUGUACAGCCCCGCCCUGUACUCCGGAGCCCACCAGUAAGGAUGAGAACGACGCACAGAUCUUGGACAUAAUGAGACUCAAGAAGCUGCCAAAAUUGUUUUGA